AAACUAUGUCCAUGAAAAUAGCAAGCAUGAUGUUCGAAGGUUUGUCCACAUAACUCAGGGCUUAUCUGAGGUUUUCCAUGUCAUGCAGAACAGCUCCUUCAUAAUUAAUCUGUGCAAAUUCUGUAGAAUUAUGAUCAGAAAGAAGCUUCCUAUUUUUUACUUCCAUUUUUUUUAUAUGAUCAUAAUAUAUUUCCCCUUGUUGAUUUUUAAUCUUAUAGGCAAGUGAUAACUUCUCCAUUGUGAGACAGAGAAUGAACUUCAACCUUUUAAAAAGGAAGCAGAGUAGAAAUAUCAAUAUCAAUAUAAUUGAAUACCUUCUGAACCCCUCCUACUUACAUAGCAUUCUACUGUAGGUUACAAAGCGACACUUCUUUGCCUUCAAUGUACUUAUAAGUAAUUCAGAAAAUAAAAUAUACAGGAAAAAAUAGUAACACAAGGUACUUCAUUGUUCAAGAAUUAUAGCAAAGCAGUUGUUCAUUCGUUCAACAAAUAGUUAUUGAGCGCCUGCUAUAUGCUAAGCACUCUGCUGAAUGCUGAGUGUUUAAAACAUGAAGAAGCUUAAAAAUAGAAAUGGUCACAGGGAAAUGUGGCUGGAGAGUUAGGGAAAGAUUGGGUGAUGUAAGGCCGUGUUCUCUAUCCUAAGAACAAUGGGAAGACAUUGAAGGUUUUCUAACAAGGGGUUGACAUAAUCAACUGUGUAUUUUUAAAAGAUCACUCUAAAUGCCAUAAGAAUACAUUGGUGGGAAACAACAUGUGAGAUGGGAGACAGAAAACAUCCAAGUAGUGUUCCAUGCAGCAGACAAGGUCUUAGUAGCGAAGGUGUGGGUCCUGGAGGAGGAGAAGGAAGAGGGAGAUAGAGAAAGAAAAGGGACAAAGUAGAUAGAUUUGAAAAUCAUUUAGGAAUAAAGUCAAAAGGAUUUGAUGAUCAAAGACUGAGGUUGAGGGAGAAAAGAAAGAUCAAAUCUACUCUGAUUCUUUUUUAAAAUAUCGAAGACCUUGGCUUUUGGCUUAUCCAACUGAGGCUGAUAGUGCUGUUACAGAAACAGGGGACGCUAAAGGAAGCCUGUGUUUGAGAGGAAGGUUUUUAUGAGUCCAAUUAUGGACAAAUUCAGUAUGUGGAGCCUUCAAGACAUCCAAGUUGAGAUGUCAAGUAUUCAGUUAGAAAUAAAAGUCUGGAGAUAAGAGAAGAAAAUGUUAAGCUAAAGAUAGGAUUCGAGAGUCAUCAUCAAAUGAUAACAUCACAUACCUUGUGAUGAGCUCUCUUAUUAGUAUAUACAAUGGAAGAUAAAGUGGUUUAGAUUAAGUUUCUGUCAUUGUGAAUUAGAAAAAUUUGGAAACGUUUUGUGGGAGAGGAUGGCUGAAUCAUGAAAAAACAGGUGGAAGACAGAUAAGAAGAGAGAGAAGUAGAAAUGAAGGAAAUGGCAGGCACACAAUAAAAAUAUAACUAAAUAGAUUGCAGAGAUCUUUUUGGUUGCAAGUAGCAGAGAUACCAACCUAAACUUGGCUUGAUCAAAAAAAGGCAUCUAUAAACUCACACAUAACUGAAAAACUCAGAGUAUUCCACCUGCAAGCAAGGCUCUGUCCAGGGGUAGAACAACAUACUCAGAACCCAGUUCCUCUUUUUCUGUUUUUCAACUAUUUCCUUGGCAUUGACUUAAUAUGUUCUGCUCUCAUGAUCCCAAGAUUGUUACCAGUUGUUCCAGAGGCUACAUGUUCACGUCUAGCAAGUGAAAAGUCUAGCAAGAAAAAAACAAAGUUGUUUUUCUUACAUAAUAGGGCAAUGAAAACUCCAGAAUGGAUAUCAUUGGCCUAUUAAGGUCAUGUGCUCAUCCCUAAUAUUGUAGGUAGAGAUUGAGAUACACGGAUUAUCUUAAACUAGUUAUGGUGCACCUGUGGAGUGGAGACAAAUCCUCCCACCAAACCACCCAGAGUGUUAGGGAAGGGGGAUAGGAAAUCUACAAGGAUCUGUAUGAUAGGGAGACUUAAAUGCCAAGUUAGAGACCUUGGACUUAAUCCAGUAGACCAAAAAGAGCUCUUGUGUUUUGAACAGAAGAGGAAUCCAAGGAAACGUUUUAAGAAGUUAAAGUUUAAGGCAACUAUAGGACAUACUGCAGUGUUUAAGAAAUCUGUUCAAGAGUCUAUAGCAAUAAUCUAGGAAAGAGAUAGUGAAAGCCCAGACUAUGCUUUAGUAAGAAAUGUUGAUGAAAGGAUGACAGUAAUGAAGUGAUGGAUAUGAACAAUAUUUCAAAGAAUCCAGAGGACUUAGCAAGACAAUAAGAAUGAAAUUUGUGGUGGAACUUCAAACUCUUCCACUGAGAUUUUGACUAGUGUGAUGGCUUUGGCACUUAGAUAAAGAUGAGAUUCCUUUUUUUACCAUAGUACUUGACCCUCUUCUUCCAAACCCAGCUCUAAGCCAAGCUUUCCAUUUCGUUUUGUUCUAAUUAGUUACCAUCAUCUUGUGACCCAUUAUUCCCCACAUGCACAACUUUCCUAGGAGUCGAAAAGAAGGCAAGUUCCCACCUCUGUCAGAAUGAAAGCUGUCCUCAACUCGACAGAACGAGAACUUGCAGAUUAUACUGCAAAGUAGAAAGAUAGCUAUCACCACAAUCAUAGCAGCGGCACUUACUUUUUAACAAAUCUUUUUUAAGCACUGUGUCAACCUGCAAUAAUUCUAUUAGGAAGCAACGGAAAACCUCGUGGUUUAAACAAGUGGAAUCCAGAGGAAGCAGUUACUAGCAUUGGUUCAGCUGCUCAUCAAUAACAGAGCCUGUAUCUUUGUGUUUCUCUGGACUUUCAUUGUGUUUUACAUCAUGGUGACAAGAUGUCUGCUCUCCCUUCAAGUGUCACAUCCUCACUCAAGGCAAGCAAUUGUGUGCAACAGAGAAAAGGAACAGGAAUCUUUCUGUUUAUCAGUAAAGCAAAUUUCUGCCUGCAUUUCUUACUCAGCAUACUUCUUAUAGUUUAUGGGCCAGAAUGAGGUCACAUGACCAUUCUUAGCAGUAAAGGAGGCUGGGAAAGUCAAUAUUUGAUCUUCUCAUCUCUAUUUGUGACACAGCAAAGAAGAAGAAAAUUGGGAAUGGUUUUUGGGUGGCCAAGCAAUAGUAAGUUUUCCCUGAAAACUUACUGUUUUACACUGUACUCUGUGCUUACAUGUGUGUUACACUCUUGUCAUUUGUAUUUGACCUUGUAUUUAUCUGUAUUUGUGGCUUCCUCUACCCUUUAGGAGAAUAUUUGCCUGGUUAAUUACCAAUUUUAAAAAUAGACGUUUUAUUCUCUUUUUCCAUUAGCCACUGCCAACAUCUGCUUAACUCGUUCAGCAAAGAUGCAAGAAUUUUCGUUUCCCUGAGUAGGCAACUCAUAUUGACUAGAAAGGAUAUUAUUUUUAUUUAUGUCUAAUUAUCUUGGCAAGCAUCACCUGUGUGAAAGAAAAUAUAGCGAAAGUACCAGAUGAUUCCAUGGGGAUUUAGUAAAAGUAUCACAUUUUAUCUUGUCCAGGGUGUGACAGAGUCUCAUGUAAGGAUGUAUUUCCAAGAGACCUCAUCAACCUUGCCUUAGAAAGAAAUUCAAAACCAAAAUGUAGCACCUGCAUAUCAAAAAUAAAAUUAGUCAUUAUACCACUUGAUGCAAUGUUUAGAAAAAAUAGUCAAUUAAAGCGAUAUGAAUUCAACCAGAACCCUCUGCAGGCAGCAGCAUCAUGCAAUUCUGACUUCACAAUGACAUGAAAUUUUAAAUGACAACUGUGCUAAAUCAGGGAGCAGCAAACCCAAGCCAGGUUUAAAUUUAGUAACACUGCUAGUUUACUGAAAAUAACCUUCUCCAGAGCAGAUUCUCUAUAAAUUUCAGGUGACCAACUACUCGUUUUUCUGUUCUGCUCACAGACAAUCGGGGACCCAGGGGCUUCGGCAUUGAUGACUUCUCUUCUCUACGGCGUUUCUCGUGUCCACUUCACGAGUCUCCUUGGCCAGUCUUGAAACACUUGGGAAUUAAACAGAGAAUCCACUGCAUAUAUUCUUCUUGAAAAUUUCCAUCGUAUAUGUUCAGAACUUUCUGAAUAAGCAUAAGGAUUUGAAGGUGCUAACAAGCAGGGAAGAAGCCAAAAGGACAGCUGGCAGGCGAUGUGAGGCCAUGGAGUAUCCACCAACUGGAUAAUCAUUGCUGGAAUAAUUGGCAAGUGUCUGAAUGUAGGCUGCAGAAGUCCUGAAGGUUGAUGGAGGGCCAUGCUAUUCAAACAGCAGGCGUGGCUGAGACAGAAGCUGCUGGUGCUGGGAAGCCUUGCCGUUGGGAGUCUCCUGUAUCUGGUCGCCAGAGUUGGGAGCUUGGAUAGGCUACAACCCAUUUGCCCCAUUGAAGGCCGAUUCGGAGCCCGCAGUCAGGCUGAAUUCCCUCUGCGCGCCCUGCAGUUUAAGCGUGGCCUGCUGCACGAGUUCCGGAAGGGCAACACUUCCAAGGAGCAGGUUCGCCUUCAUGACCUGGUCCAGCAGCUCCCCAAGGCCAUUAUCAUUGGGGUGAGAAAAGGAGGCACGAGGGCCCUGCUUGAGAUGCUGAACCUCCAUCCCGCAGUGGUCAAAGCCUCCCAAGAAAUCCACUUUUUUGACAAUGAUGAGAAUUAUGCCAAGGGCAUUGAGUGGUAUAGGAAAAAGAUGCCUUUUUCCUACCCUCAGCAAAUCACAAUUGAAAAGAGCCCAGCAUAUUUUAUCACGGAGGAGGUUCCAGAAAGGAUUUACAAAAUGAACUCAUCCAUCAAGUUGUUGAUCAUUGUCAGGGAGCCAACCACAAGAGCUAUUUCUGAUUACACUCAGGUGCUAGAGGGAAAGGAGAGGAAGAACAAAACUUAUUACAAGUUUGAGAAGCUGGCGAUAGACCCUAAUACCUGCGAAGUGAACACAAAAUACAAAGCGGUAAGAACCAGCAUCUACACCAAACAUCUGGAAAGGUGGUUGAAAUACUUUCCAAUUGAGCAAUUUCACAUUGUCGAUGGCGAUCGCCUCAUCACGGAACCUCUACCAGAACUUCAGCUCGUGGAGAAGUUUCUAAAUCUUCCCCCAAGGAUAAGUCAGUAUAACUUAUAUUUCAAUGCUACCAGAGGGUUUUACUGCUUGCGAUUUAACGUUAUCUUUAAUAAGUGCCUGGCGGGCAGCAAGGGGCGCAUUCAUCCAGAGGUGGACCCCUCUGUCGUUACCAAAUUGCGCAAAUUCUUUCACCCUUUUAAUCAAAAGUUUUACCAGAUCACUGGAAGGACAUUGAACUGGCCCUAAAAUAAUAAGUCAUACAACACUAUGUGUUGUGCCUGGAGACAUACGAGGUCUCCUCUAGAUUAAAAUAUGCACUUUUCCUAGACACAACUAUCCACGUCAUUUUUCCGUGUAUACUUGUACAUACACAGUGUGUGACCAAAUAUAAGAUGAGUUCUUUUUCUAUUGAAAAUUUACAGAAAAGAAUUUGCUGUCUGCGUAGUUGCAUCUUUUAAGCUAUUUACAAAAAGAAUUGGUGGUGGUCUUAGGGGAAAGUGACUUCAGCUGUUCUCAAAGAGCUGGUCUUCCUUUGAGUCAGAAUUUGUCGCCCACCAUUUUCAUAGAUUUAAGCCAAAAGAUUAAUGUGUGAAAAUGUACCAAUGGCUGUGAAGCUUCAGGAAGUAGACGAUUCAGUUAUGCAUUCUUUUCUAAGGGAAAGCUGGCUUUUUAAUUCAGAUACUGAAUUGGUGCCGUGGAAACAGGAAAUACUAUUUUCUUAUUAUUUCAAAGAAUGUCUUAUCUCAUGAAACUGACAUUGUUCCAGAGUUCCUGUGGUGAUUUUGCACUAUCGUUUUCCCGUAUGGACCAUGGUGUCACUUGUAGCAUGUCAAUCACACAUUGGAAAGUCAAGUCCUUUUACUUCCAUGUUGUAUGUCAACAAAGAGAAGUGUCCUGUACAUAAUGUAUAUUGUUGUAAAUACUGGUUUCACACUAAGUAAUUCUAUUUUGUAAACUGAAUAUGGCUAUUUAAUUUAUUGUGAGAAUUAAAUCUAUUGUGGUAUUUAAAAAUGGAAUGGAUUAAAAUUACUCUAUGUGCAACUUUUUUUUUUAAUUCAUUUUGUUUUACGUGCCCCUUGCUGGCUGCCCAAAUCCAAGCUGUUUAUGUGCGUUCAAGAGAGCACUUGGAAAGAUGUGCUUCUCCUGGAUUUCUACACCCUUGUGAAAAUGUAUUUACUAAUGAGGUUGAGUAUAUUAAGAAAAAAAAUCUCAACCAUCGGGAAAUCUAGAGUAAUAGUCACCUGAAAGAACCUAGUGCUACUCUGCUACAACUUUGUAACAAUUCAUUUCCUUGCAGUGGCUGCUGUGCCAGGAGAAAGACAAGAAAUACUUGAACAUAAUUGAGGCAUAGAAGAACCACAGUUUUAUUUGAGCCUCUAAUCAGAGUCAGACCGGUAGAGAAAUUAAAUAAAAUAAGAUUAUAAAACUCACGUGGCCUCUGUACUGAAAGCUGCUGAUGCUUCAAAAAUGAAUACAAACUCUCAGAACUCCCUCUUUGAGAUAAAAAUAUAUCAAUCUGCUCAAAAAUGAUCAAAAUGCCUAGUGUUGCUAUUACUAACAUAAACAUAUGGCUCAUAUUUCCAUCUAGAGAAAUUAAUGCUAAAUUGGGUGCUUGUUAACAUCAGAUACACUGUAUUAUGGCUAAAUAUAAUUCAGAAAACCGUGGAAAGAAGUAUCAACUAAAAAAGAGAUGGAUUUUGCACAAUCACGGUUGCUUCUCCAGUGGAAGAUGCCUAAGGGAGUUUUGUGCAACAUCACGUUGAGAGUGCUUAGAGAAAUCAGCAAAUUACAAUGGGUUCCCUUUUGAUUGUAAUAAGUGUUGAUUUUCUCCAUGAGCUGUUUAUCCUGUCCAGUGAUUUGAUGGUGAACUUUUCUAAAUAAAUAGCCCUUUCCCCUC